UCUCCUCAUGGGUGGAGUGAUUCGUCGUGGUCACAGAGAGGAGCGGGAGGCAGGAGACUCACACACUCACAUUCGCAGAGUGUGAGGAACUGAAGACGGGGGGAGAGCAACUUACAGUACGCACAGUCACACUCGCACACAGCAGGCUGUGAGCUCGGAGCAGGGAUGGUAGCAGAGGAGAUUGUGGUCUCCCUCUCAGGAGGUUCCCCGUGGGGCUUCAGACUACAGGGAGGAGCAGAGCAGCAAAAACCUCUACAGGUGGCCAAGGUACGCAGGCGUAGCAAAGCAUGCAGAGCUGGACUGAAGGAGCAUGAUGAGCUGGUUGCCAUUGGCGACCACAUGUGUGCAGAGCUGAGUCAUGCUCAGGCCAUGAGCCUCAUCGACACAGAGAGCUCAACACUCAACCUGAGGGUUAAAAGGGCUCCUCCUGGAUUCCACUUCUCCACGGGGGUCCUGUCUCCCCCCGCAGGCCCCUUGCCCUCCCACUGUUCCUCCAUCCUCUCUCCCAGGGGCAUCACUUCCCCUCCAGACAGUGAGGCGUACUACGGAGAGACAGACAGUGAUGCAGAUACACAGUCACUCACGCACCGUCGCCAACGCCGCACACCUCCUCAUGCGCGCUCACCUGCGCGCUAUGACAACCAAGAAGAGGAGGAGACCUCAGAGAUGAGCGGGUAUGAGAGCGCCACAGAUGUAGGCCUUUCUAUGCAGGGGCAAUGGGACGGUCAGGGUCUUGUCGGCGUCCCUCGCAGAGAGCUCAUCUACCAGCCACUCCAGACUGAGUGGACCACUCCAACACACACCCCACACACUUUAACCCCUCACACACUCACACCGACCCCUGAUCAGGGGUUAAUGGAAGCAGAGGGAGAAGGGGACAGUGGCUUCCAGGAGGCAGGGGGCUGCAUCGGGCUGGCCUGCCCACCGCUUGUGUCUCCAGAACGGGCGAAAGAGGCUUUGAUGUCGGGCUCUGGUAAACAUCUGGUACCUAUGGUGGGACCACAGCAGACCCCAGUCAGCGACGAGCUCUCCACCACCUACAUGGACAAAGCACGGCAAGCCAAGCUGCAGCGUGGGGAGAGUGUGGUGGAGAAACAGGUGAAAGAAGCUCGCACUAAAUGCCGCUCUAUUGCCUCAUUGCUGACUGAUGCUCCCAACCCCAACUCGAAGGGGGUGCUUAUGUUCAAGAAACGCCGGCAGAGGGCCAAGAAGUACACACUGACCUGCUUCGGCAAAGCUGAGGGAGACAGAGGAGGGGAGACAGAAGGAGACACAGGAGGGGAGACAGAGGAGGAAGGAGGAAGCUCCAUUCUGAGUGGAUCAGAGGUUGACGAAGAGGGAUUCUCUGCAUCGUUUGACCCUACGUGGGACACAGGUUAUCUAGACCUGCUGGACAGGAGAAGCUCCGCCUGCCCGUCAACCACACCAACAACUCCAACAACGCCAACAACCAAUCACAGCUCAGUGCUGGACAUCUCAGCUUAUCAGACACCAGGACUUUUGACCUCUGUCAGUCAAAGCCCAGGGUUGGAGGUCUCAGGGCCGGAGAGCUCAGCCUAUCAGGGCUCAAGGCUGGAGAGCAGCAUCACAAAGCAGCCAAUCAGUAAUCAGCCUGCACACAUGUCUCCUCCAGCUGUGGCCCUGACCAACGGGGGGUCGGUGGCUGUGAGUCGGGCUAGUGUUGUUCUGAGCCCGCCCUCUCAGACGCCCCUUCCAAGUCAAAACGGGCAACAUGGCAACCCUAAUCCCAGUCCGAACCCUAAUCUUAGUCCAGUCACAGACUCAGAUCAUCACCUGAAUCCAGGUGUUCUGAACCGCACUGCGCGCCCCUUCACCCCAGGCCCCGCUGCUUCUCGUGCAUCUGUAACCUCUGUUAUGUUUCGCCCCCCCCAACCCAAACCCACGGCCAUGACCAUGGCGACCAAACCCGUGGCGGCUGUCUCCAUGGUGACGAUCCAGCCUUCUCGCCUUCAGUCAGGGCCAGAUGCAAGAAGAGCGGUGUCUAGCACCUCCCUGUACAUCCCUCCAAGAAAUAACAACAGCAACACUCCCCCCUCUGUUAACUCGCCUCCUUCCUCUCUGUCCUCUGCAGCUUUCUCCCAGCCCGCCACAAAUCCGCACACAUUUUCCCCUCAGCCCGCAGCGUAUGCUCCCCCCUCCACCCCGUUCUCUCUGCCUGCUCAACCCUUCUCCUCUACAGCUCCACAGCAAUUCCCCUCUCCUCCUGCUCCUGCUUAUCCACCUCCCUCCACCUGCAUUCCUGCUUCUCCCAUCUCCCCUCCACAUCCCCCUGAUCUGACUCAGUCCUCCUUCCAUGCCCAGCCUGCUCCUCCUCCUCCUCCUCCUCCCGCCCAACCUCCUCCAUCUCCAUCUGUCCACCCCUACAUCAACAUGACAGGUGCUGUGACUCCUGGUCCCCAUGCUGCCAUGGCAACCGCAUCACCUACCCAGGCUCCUGCCGCCGAUUCCCUGGCGACACGUGAGGAGCGCAUCUCGGUCCCUGCCGCUCGCACCGGCAUCCUGCAUGAAGCCCGUCGUCGUAGCAACAAGAAGCCGAUGUUCUGUGCAGUCCAGAACAAAGAUAUUAAUCCAAACCCAGACUUGCUGUCAAUGGUCCAGAACAUGGACGACCACUUUGGGAAAGCCACAGGCGCCGAGCCCGGAGCUGCGCCCAGCGGGGAGGCCGGGCAUGAGUCAGGGCCCGAGGAGGACUGGCUGAGGCUGGGUGCAGAGGCCUGCAACUUCAUGCAGGCUCAGCGAAGACCCAGGCCACCUCCUGUAGCUCCCAAACCCCAAACCCCUCAGGUGCCACAGCUGGCGGGGAAAGGAGGUGAGCUGUUUGCUCGCAGGCAGAACAGGAUGGAUCGCUACGUUGUGGAGCGAUCUCCCUCUGUCGCUGCAGCACCUUUCUCUCCCGCCCAGACGAGGGAGUCCUCGCCCACACCUUCUCUCCCUGCCACCUGGAAGUACUCAUCCAGCAUCCGUGCUCCUCCGCCCAUCAGCUACAACCCCCUCCUCUCUCCCUCCUGCCCUCUGAAGGCCCAGAAGAAGCCUGAGGUGUCAAAGACAAAGUCUGGGCCAGCUGGAUCUAAAGGUCAGAAAGCCGGCCUCAAGUCCGUGGAUGUCAUGAGCCACCAGCCCUACCAGCUCAACUCUACUCUGUUCAGCUAUGGGGGCGGGGUUCCCCAACACACCUCUACCUAUCAGCAGCAGGGAGGAAUGACAAGUGGUCCUCAGAAGACAGCACGGGUGUAUGAGGUGAAGCGCUUCUCCACGCCGCCGCCAAUAUCCACAGGGCCCGCACUCAAAGUUGUUGUACCCCGAUCAGCUACGACACUUGGAGAGCCGUUGUGGUGCUCUGAUGUCACAUCUCCCCCACCCACAGUUGGCCCCACCCCCUACCAACCCCACCAGCCUCAACCCCAACCUCAGUGGGCCACCUCCCCUCUGUCUCCCCCACCUCCCCCUGCCCCUACUGCUCCACUCCCUCAGCUCCCCACCUUCUCCGCUGCCCCUGCUCAGAAUCUAGUCCAGUCUCCAACUUUUUUGCACCUUCCACCCUCCAGCAACACGCAGGCCAACAGGCAGUUUAAGAGCGCCCCAGAUCUGAGUCCCGUCUGCCCCGCUGGUGCCUCUCGGCCAGCAUCCAGCAGCACUCACCCGAGCAGAGUCCCCAGGCCCAGGUUCAGCACCUCCAACCUGGGUCUGCAGCCUUGCGUCUGGCGCCCUGGAUCCACUACGCACUAAAGCGACUCUGCUGCGGACAUGAUUAACCACGGCUCUGUGGGAACACGGAGCAACAUUUUUUAAAUGUGUUUUUAGUAUUGUAAUAUUGUUAUUCAGAUCUUCAGCUUGGGGUUUUACCAGCCACGUUUUUAUCACAAGAUCUGCUUGUAUCAGCCACCCAUGUAGCACAUUUUCUCACUUACAUUUAAUCUUGUUGACUCAUUUAUUCAAAUGAAUUUGGCUGCAGUUAGAGGGAACACUGUUUUGCAAAGGAAAUGUGAUCUGGAAACAAGAGAAAAGUAAAGAAAAAAAAAAAAAAGGGAUCAACGGCAGAUUGAAAGGGACAGAAAGAGACACAGGGGGAAGCUGGAAUAAAGUUCUGUAAAUACUGUAUUGAAUGAUAAAGAAUUAAGUGUGAACAUAAAAAAGAAGAAUAGAGGAUGUGACAAGACAAGAGCGCUGAGAGAGAGGUGUGGUAGAGGAUGGGAAAACAAUGAAAAGGGAAGCACAGGAGGCUCUGAUGAAGGGACGUCAUGCAAACAUUUGGUGUCAUUCACUAAUACGUGCUUAGAAAUGUUCCGACUUUGUGCACAAAAUAAGAGUGCCUGCAGAAUGAAGCGGGAUUUAUACUUAUGCAGCAGACCUUAUGCACGUCGCCUACGCCGUUGUGAGCAUUUAUACUUGUGCGGUGGUGUGUCUGUGUCACUCUGCAGUUACACUAGUCGGCGGUGGAGUUUAUGUGAAGUGCUGUAAAGUUUAGUUGAUUCAAAACACACAUUAAACACACAUUAAACACACAUUAAACAUGGCUUAAUAGAGACAGUUUCAAACACAAGUACACAAAUCAGCUUCACUGUAACUCGCAGCAUUCACAGACAAACACUUGUCUUUAUCUGGACACAUUUUCCCCACAAAUACAACAUGCUAACGUCAUUAGCACAAGCCUAUGGCAUUUUACAUUGUAUAAAUUAGCCUAGCAGCUAGCGAUCUCUUCCUCUUAUCAUAUAAAACCAGGGACAACAGCAACAUGUAACAAAGGUAACAUUACAAAAUUCAGCUCCAUUACAACUCACAAGGUUCACUGACAAAACAACUGUCUUAUACUAAACACGUUUUCCAAACAAAUAUAACAUGCUAACGUUAUUAGUACAAGUCUAUGGCACUUUACAUUGUAUAAAUUAGCCUAGCAGCUAGCUGAGAUUCCCUCUGCUCACAAGACUUAAAAUGCUAUUUAUGUGGAGGUUUUACUGUCUUCACAAUUUAUUGUUUCUUAUCUGUGAAAUUAAAGUAAAUAAAAGCUUUGUUUCCACUGAGGGAAAUGGUUUCAGCUUACAGAAAUAGACAGGAGGUCUGCGUCGCCGCAACAUGUAGUUACAUUUCUGGGGAGGUGCAUGUCAGGCUACAACGUAGGCUCCAUGUCGACAACGUAGCUAUAGCGUUGAUUUAGCGCAGAAGUAUAAAUUCUACAUUACCAUCGGAUUCAUGACACGCUCUUACCAAUGUGUGCAUGUUAGUGAACCAGAGUCAUUCAAAACUGACAGGUGCAAGAUUGAUGUGCUUGUAUUUGUCUACUUGAGGAAAACGUUUGCCUGGGGUGUAUUAUGGAGAAUGCUAUAAAGCUGCAUCUACGCACACAUUAGUAAAUGUCUUGGCAGUCGGAAACGGCUGGUAAGACGUUUGUCAUUCUCUUUAAACAUGUUAUAUCAGCUUCUGAAGAAGCCUUUAAGGCUAGAUACCUGAAUGCCUGCUUGAAGGUAAAUUAUAGAGCUAAAGGAUCUUUUAUAUACCUUUUAUAUAUGUGCAAUUUCACAGCACUAGAAAUUGAUGGGAGCAGCCAAUCGUUAUAAGCCAAGUCAAUAACAUUUCAGUAUGGACAAUCUCGUAUAGGCUACUCCACUGUAAACCAGGGCUGGGACACUCAGUUUUUAUAGUUAAAUAUUUUAAUUAUGACAAUAAUUAAUGAGGAGGCAGUAACUCUCCCCGAGGGAGCUCAAAUAUCUCGGGGUCUUGUUCAUAAGUGAGGGUAGAAUGGAGUGUGAGAUUGAUUGGCGGUUUGGUGCGGCUUCUGCAGUGAUGCAGGUGCUGCGCCGGUCCGUCGUGGUGAAGAGGGAGCUGAACCGGAAGGCAAAGCUUUCGAUUUACUGGUCCAUCUACGUCCCAACCCUCACCUAUGGUCAUGAGCUCUGGGUAGUGACCGAAAGAAUGAGAUCGCGGAUACAAGCAGCUGAAAUGAGUUUCCUCCGUGGGGUGUCUGGGCUCAGCCUUAGAGAUAGGGUAAGGAGCUCGGACAUCCGGAGGGAGCUCGGAGUAGAGCCGCUGCUCCUUGGCGUCGAUUUGGGUCAGUUGAGGUGGUUCAGGCAUCUGAUCAGGAUGCCUCCUGGGUGCCUCCUGUUAGAGGUGUUCCAGGCACGUCCCACUGGUAGGAGGCCCCGGGGCAGACCCAGAACACACUGGAAGGAUUACAUUUAUCAUGUGGCCUGGGAACACCUUGGGGUCCCCCAGGAGGAGCUGGAAAGCGUUGUUGGAAGAGGGACGUCUGGGGUGCUUUGCUCAGCCUGCUGCCCCUGCGACCUGGCCCCAGAUAAGCGAAUGAAAAUGGAUGGAUGGAUGGAAAUUUUGAUGAAUCCUGGAUUUGUGCAGAAAACGCUCAUUCACACAGUUUAAGCCAGGGCUGUAAUCAUGUAUUCAACACUACCCCACUCUACCCUGUAGUACCCUCUGCGACCCAAUCCUCCUGGAGAGUCGGGGUAAUUUUUAGAAUUCUUAGAAGCUUCACAGCUUAACAGACCAUUUUAAAGCAUUUUGAAACACAACUUUUGGAUCAAGGGUUCUCCAAGUUUUAUGAGUGAGUGCAGUUUUAGGGAGCCGGUGUAUGAUUGAUUUUUUUUUUUUUUUAAUGACAUACUAAUGACAUACUAACAAAAAUAUUUUAAAGUAAUGAAACCGAGACGGUACAGUGUUUGACAUUGAUUGUUCCCACAGCAGUUGAGCAACGGCUUGGAUUACAGCAACACAUACACUGUAAUACUAGAACCCACAGUAUUUCUAAUGGCAAUUCAUUUAAUAUCAUGAUUAAAUUUCCUAACAACUAUUUCAGAUGGUGUUGCGUAGUUGUCUGUCAUAGUAUAGCUUUUUAUUUAUUUUUUUAAUCUAAUUUUUUAUCAGUAUAUUGGGGUGGUGGGGGGUGUGAGGCAUUUUGAGCACACUUGAAUAUUGAGGGUAUGUGUCCCUCCCCUGCAAAUACAUAUUAUAAUUACGCCCUUGGUUCCUUGGUCUGAGCACAGAUUUGUGUGUACGUAUUGUCUGCGAAUGAGGCCCAAAGUGUGAUAAAGUGUAGAAGGUGCAGAUUUGACUUCACAAUCUGUAAACAUCUCACAGUACCUGUUGCCAUCCGGCAUUAUCAUAUCAGAAAAGUUGCUUUACUAACAAAUUUGAAGUCGCUACUAUGACUGUGUUUCCUCCUGUUAUAUAUAUUCAAAUGAUUUGUGUUUGAGUGUCUUUUUUUUUCUAGUUGCACUCUGCAGCGGUGUGUGCUUUGUUUUCUGUAGUGUUCCACAGCUGCCAUGAAGAAGCCUUUUACAGUAGCCCUGAUUUCCAAUCUGUCGAUACAAAACAAGAGAUGUAUAACAUGUCUGUUUAGCUGUUUUCCACAGAGACAUGCGGCUGAAUAAAAAUAGACAUGAGUCACCUCAGCUGUCAGUCUGUUUCUGCCUGUGUCACCGGCUC